CAUUUGUUUAAGGCUAAAACACUACAGGACAGUUGCUUGUUUUAAUUGUUGGAAGUGAAUACAUUUUUAAGCUCAGCUGAGAUGUUUCAGGCGUAAGCAUUAAGUGUUUUAGACUCUCCAAAAAACUUAGUGAAGAAUGGAGUUUCCCGAAGAUUUCAACCAGCUUGAGCUUCUUGACACCCAUGGACAGCUGAUUCCCAAAGGGCCCAUGAGUUCCUGGACCGCAAGCAAGGAGGAGGAGGAAGAGGUGGAUGAGGAGACGCACAGUGAGGAGUGGUAUCAAGAGAAGGAGGAAGCUCUCAAAGACAAGCCGAAGGAGCUCAUUCUCUGGGCAGCAGAAAACAACCGUCUCCCGACACUCCUCCGUUUGUUAGUGGCUGAUCCUCAGCUGGUGCAUUACUGUGAUGAGGACGGAUACACUCCACUGCACCGCGCGGCGUACAGCGGCCACCUAGAGGUUGUGAGAACUCUACUGGCCGCCGGCUCCACGGUGAAUCACCGCACAGUCGAUGGGUGGACGCCCCUGCACAGCGCCUGCCGAUGGAGCCACGUUGCCGUGGCGAGCUGUCUGCUGCAACAUGGCGCCCAGCUUAAUGCCCAGACCAACGGUGGGCUCACACCACUCCACCUGGCUGCCUCCCACUCCAACUCCCUUAAACCAAACACUGCACACAUCUUAGAGUUCCUCCUCUCCAAGAGAAACCUGAAUCCUGGGCUCCGCAGCAGCAGCGGGGAGACGGCCGGAGACGUGGCCCGACGUAGCGGCCCAUACUACUUCAUGUUUGAGAUGGUGGAAGAUUGUGUUAACGUGGUCCCAUCUGUCACAGCAUCCUAAUCUACUGUAGCUUUUGAGGUUCAGUAACACUAGCUGGGUUUUGAACUACUCUUCCUUGCAAAAAAAUGCUGAUACUUGAAAAAUGACUCCUCAUUUAGUUACAUUACAACAUGAUAUAAAAGGAUAGGAGAACAUAAAGUGAUGUAUCAUAUUUUCUAAUUUCCUGGAAGGUGAAUUAAGGCCUAUAUGGCUCUAAUAUUCUGGCCUCCACAUGUUGCACUGUUCCUGGCUUCAUUCAUCUUCCCAUUAACUGUUUGCCUGCUAAAGGGCAAAAUCCCCUCAGCACAAUGCUGCCACCACUAUACAUCACCAUGGGAAUUAUGUGUUUUUGAAUGUUAAGUGUUUUCUGCUUUUCAUAACAUUUUCAAUGUUGGCCAAAAGUAAAAUUGUUGGUUCAGAGAAGCUUCUCCCACAUUUCCAGUUCUCUUCUACAUUACCCUUUGAUGAUAUGAAGACAGGACGCAUUCAAUCUUUCGUUUAACAACGGAGUUGUAGUCUGCUAGUCUCUCUAUUAAUACCUGAAUGGGUAGAAA